GGGAGGGGAGGGAGAGAAGAAAGUGCGAGAGAUCCGUUCAGCCACUGGUCUUCAAUAUAGUGCUUAAUAUUCAAUGACCUGUGAUCCAAACUAACGCCGGGGACGUCAAAACAACAGUGCUUUAAUCUCAAAGAGGGAAGCACGGGGGUGAAGUGAACUACAGCACGCUUGCACUUGAAGCCGUAGCUUACCGUCGGCGAUAUUUUCAAACUUUUACUUUUGAGGAUUCGUUAGCAAAGUCGGGAUGGAACGGCGGCUCGUAUCGUAUGCAAAUACGUCUGCUGACGUAGGUGAUCAUGUGGGUUUUGGCGUAGAUCCCCCUGUGAUCGCGAAUUUUUUUCGGCUGUUGUCUUUAGAAAUCGGUUGAAUCUUUACAAUCGCACGCUUCUUUUGGCCGCACACGUGGAAAAGUAAGCAAUUUUGGAUCUUAGCUGUCAGUACCCUGACGUCGCGGGGUUUUCCGUUGGUGGUGGGCAGGUGAAGAAACGAAACGUUGAAAAUAGAAGCAGCAGAAGAGGGAAAACUUGUCACACAGGACCUGGAUAUUACCGGACAUUGCACACUUGAGAAGGAGACCGUCUCUGACAGACAGUGUGGUUUGGGAUGAAGUCUGAUGAAGCCUUCCAUUGGAGCUGACAUUCACAGUCAGCGCAGUCAUCAUUUACUGAUCCUCCACCAGACCAAGAUCUGCCCAUUGGCCAUCAACAAAGCCCCCCUGCCCUGCACUGUCCUACUCCCUGACCAUGGCUAGUCGGAGAAAGUCUUCAACACCCUGUAUGAUCCGACCAGAUGACUUGGUUGCGGCAGACGAUGCAGAUGAUAUGGACUCCUGUGUUGACGGUACAGUGGAGAAUGGAUCGUCUCAUGUCUCUUCUGCUGAGGAGUGGACAGACAGGAAGAGUUCUGUGAACUCUAUUCAGGAGGCAACAGAGCUGGAGAAACCGGAAGCAAAGACUCAACCGCCAAGGAAGCUCCAGGGAGGCUACGAGUGCAAAUACUGUCCGUUUUCCACACAAAGCCUUAACGAGUUCAAAGAACAUGUUGAUUCCAAUCACCCGAACGUUAUACUCAACCCACUGUACUUAUGUGCCGUUUGCAACUUCAACACAAAAAAGUUUGAUUCUUUGACCGAACACAAUGAGAAGUGCCAUCCUGGGGAGAACAAUUUCAAGUUUAAACGGAUCAAACUCAACAAUCAGACCAUUCUAGAACAGACAAUCGAAGGUUCAAACUACGCAGUCAUCUAUGAUGCCACCAGCCUUCAGCCGGGUGAGGACUUCGGUUCUUUUCCUCCGAGCAAAUCCACAGGAGUUAAGAUGGGCAAGCCAAAAGCAGACAGUAUUCGGUUGCAAGGAGACAGCCAGAUAGAUACACUCACUCCAGAGCUACCUAAAAAGCAAAUCACCGCAGUGAACGUGAACGGGACUGUGAUAAUCCCGGAUGCGACGCUGAAAGACGGACUCUCUCACAUCAUGCCAUCCCUUCAACGCCCACCUAACUACAACUUGGUACCAAAAAUCGCCGUCCCCUUGAACACUUCAAAAUAUAACCCCUCGUUGGAUGGGAACCUCACCCUCAUCACGUCCUUCAACAAGUUUCCCUACCCUACCCAAGCAGAGCUCUCAUGGCUCACUGCAGCCUCUAAACACCCAGAAGAACAAAUUAAAGUAUGGUUCACUACCCAAAGGCUGAAACAAGGUAUCAGCUGGUCUCCAGAGGAGGUUGAAGAAGCACGAAAGAAAAUGUUCAAUGGAACGAUUCAGCCUUUUCAACAGGCCUUCACUGUCUUACCUGCUCAGUUAACUCAGUCGACUAAAUCGUCACAGUCCCUUAUCCAGACUGUUAAUUGCCAUGUUUUUGGACAAUCCAGUCUAGUGUUGGCACCUAUUGCCAAUGGCUCCACUGCAACUGCUGCUCCUCUUGCACUAACAGUUGCAAAUCAAAUAGCACAGGGUGUCAAAAGGCCCCACACAGCGCCACUUGUUGCCUCGGAGGUGAAGAGGCCUUCAAUAAUCCAGUCCGUUCAAAGCACUCCCAAGUCUGUCUCUCCAACACCAAGCCUUUCUUCAGAUUGCGAUAAAACCCUUGAUCAAAUCAGAGAGCUGACCGCCAGCUAUGCUCAGUGGCAGUUUCCUGAUGAUGAAGAAGUGUAUCGUCUCAUUGAGAUGACUGGCCUCUCCUGGGGAGAGAUCAAAAAAUGGUUCAGUGAUCAGCGUCAUGGAAACCAUAAGGCAGCGCAACAGAUUAAAGCAGACAUGUCUUCAAGGGACAGCCAACCUCAUAAGCCUGUUGCCACACAGUUUCCACUUCUAGAGAGAGUAAAGGGCAAAUCAUCUGAGCAAAUGAAAAAGCUGGAGGAAAGUUUCCAAAGGACUAGCUAUCCAACACAGGCUGAGAUUGAACACCUUGUGGCCGAGACCAGGCUCUCCAAAAACGAAAUUGAUUGCUGGUUUUCAGAACGACGUGCACUACGAGACAACCUGGAGCAGGCCUUGCUCAACUCCAUGGGAUCAAAAAGACUCGAGCAUCACCUUCAAAGGGGAACCCUGAAUGGAGUCCACGAGCAGGACAGCCGAGUCAGGGACUCGCCUCUUCCCAUUCUCACCUCCUCGGCGUGUCCAGAAGCCAUCGAUGGAAAGUCUCUGGGCCUUCUUAAAGAUACGUUUGCACAAACCCAGUGGCCCUCGCCUGAGGAGUACAACCAACUUGAAAUCCAAACAGGGCUAGCUCGUACAGAAAUCGUCCGCUGGUUCAAGGACAACAGAUCUGCUCUGAAGAAUGGAACCUUGGAUUGGAUGGAGCAGUUUCAAAACCUUAGCAACAAAAGACAGAACGGGCAGAACAGCUCUGUGAUCUCGGAACAAGCCCAGAGUGUUCUGCAAAGGCAUUUCCAAGAAGCGAAGGUACAAAAGGGGGAGGCUUUUGAGAAGCUUGCAGAGCAGUCAAAACUAACCAACCAGGACAUAGUUGACUGGUUCACCAGCAAGCUGGGCAACAACAUGCCUGACAUCAGCAAGAGCAAGGACCAACACGGACAGGCAAGUGUAGACGGUAGGAGGUGGGUUUCCUUAGCAUCAGACACUGAGAGCAAAGACUUCGACGGGCAGAAAGUAGCACGAGAACUUGAAGUGUUGUCCGCAGAGCACAGAGUGACGGGAUGAUGUUGUAAAGAGGUAAACAGGCUGCUAUGACUGAACUUGACGGGCCUGAUGUUUAAGGAAUGUUGCACAUGGAACCAAUGAUCUCAUGUCUGGCCUCUGACGGUAUCAAAGAAAAGAUGGACUGGGGGCUUCUGUGAAACACUGAGUGACCACGGAGUGCCAAAGUUAGACUGCUAUGUUAUUAAGUGUUUGUUUUUUAAAAAUAGGGCCCUUGUAAAUAUUUUUUCUGUACUUUGACAGGUUUGUAAGAUCUUUUUGAAGAUGAGACUUUUGUUACAUUUAUAUUAGGAGUCCCAAGACAUUUCCCCUAACCCUUAUAAUGGAAUGUUUAAACGUUUUCUUUUUGUGAGAAGAGACUGAAUCCGAGAAGAGAACUAAUCCACCUGCUGGCGAAGAUGGCAUUGUAAAGUCCAAGAGAACACAACGUGAUCUGCAAUGGCACUUAAUAUUUCAAGUGGACACGUAAAAGCAGUGCUUCUACAAAAACCAUCUCAUUCAAGAAAUGAGGUGAUGUUAUGGACUGCAGUCUCAUACUUAUUUCUUGCCAAGGGGACAGUGCCACAUGGUGGAUGUAAUCAAAACCGAAACUAAUACAAUACAGUGAUGCACAGCAUAUGUUUAUUUGUUGUUAUAGGCUAAUUUGUUGGCAAUAUUACAGUAACAGUACAAAAUUAUCUUUUAACAUGUUGCCUUUUCUGGUAUCCAAGGUGUAGUUCCAUUUUCACUACUCCGCUGUGAACUGCUUCAGCUAGCUUCAGUGUAUUUCUUUUUCCUGCAGCUGCAUUAGUGACACGUUCAGACAUGUAUCCGGAAUACUGUACUGCUACCAGGAAUCCUGCUUGCUCUUUAUAAGAACCAGUCUGCUGUAACUCAAUAAAACAACUGAUUGAAAUACUGCUGAUUGACCCAUCGUUUACACAAAACAGCAAUUGUGCCCACGACAAAGCUAAAUUUCAACAGACAAAACGUUAGGAUGCAAAUUUUCUUUAAGAAAAAUUAAGCUGUAAUGCAAGAUUUCAAUACAAUUUUAAGGCGUCUGGAUCCGGAGUGUGUCCCUCAAGACACCGAAAUAAGCGUAGUCAAAUUAGUGAGCGCUUGCUCUUUACAAUUUAUUUGUUGCUUUAGUUAUCGAAAGAGCACUGAAUAACAAAAUCAAAGCAGUAGAAUGUAAACUGAUCAUUUAGUUUAGUAACACAUAUUUAGAACAGUAGUCGCUGUUAUUAUUAUAAAAGACAUCAUGGCAAGAUCACACCACCAUAAACCAGGAAACUGGAUUCAAAUGCUUUCUUCAUUUAUCAAAAAAGUACUUAGUUUUGUAUACUGUGGUAGGCUAACUGAGACCAGUUUUUAUUGCACUUAUGCAUUGUCCUUAUGUUAUUCCAAUUGCUUCUAUUGGUUACCUCCUUAGUAAGUCGCUUUGGAUAAAAGCGUCUGCUGAAUGACUAAAUGUAAAUGUUUUCACCUUUACUAAACCAGUGUGUUGAGGGACACAAAACUAUAUUGCAUCUACAUUUAUACUCAACUUUAGCACUGAAACCAUAUAGACAUAACAUUCAAUGUACAAACAAUUAAAAAACGAACUUUGAUUUCUGCACACCAGUUAUGCUGUAAAAGCAUUGACUGAUAGCCUUUAUCAAGGCUUGCAUGUAUGAAGCAAAUAAAUUAAAACAUGCACAGCACUUUCAUCUGCAAGUUCUGGCUGACAGCUAGUUCAGUUCAUUUACAAAUGUAAAGCACAUGUACUGUUCAGGGGAAAAAGUUACAACAAUAUUAACCUGAUGAUUUUAGAGAUGAAUAAUCAAUCAACGUGAGUGGUUUGAAACCAAUAAGAUGGCAAAACAUUACAUGUCAACGGAGACCAUAUGUUUUCAACUGUGUGAAGUAAUAUGAAGCCUGCAUACACUGAAUGUGGUUAUAUUGUGGGCAAUAGACAAUAAUCCAGUCCUCUGAACUUCCUAUCAUUGUGAUUUGCAGAGUUUUGUAGAGAUUUGCACACUGAAAUCACAGUGUGACCUGACAUCAAAAGCGAAAAAAAAAAAAAACAA